AAGUUGUAUCGCUGUAACCGCGCUAGCAGGCGUGCAGCCUAGGUGUUUUCUCUGAUCUGUGCAGCACGGCGUAGGGGUGUGUGAUGUAGCACUGAGCCGCUCUGUCUUACCGUCCUCAGCCAUGCUUAAUAAAGUUGCCGUUUCCUGCUUGGCGACUGCAGAGUAGAUGCUGCUGGACUCAAGUUGCCCAGGCAGCAGAGAGGCAGCAGACAGACCCAUACUCCAAUCUAGCUAUUUUUAAACGUUCAUGUGGGAAUCCUGUGGUCAAUGGUCUGAGAGCUGGGGCAAGCCAGGACAGGACUGGGUGGAAGAGGAGAGAGCGGCAUACUCGACCAGGACCUAGGGAGAGGCAAAGGACGUGAACGUUGGAGCUGGAGUGAGCAGCGUAGAAAGAGAGAGGGAGGGAGUGAGAGAGGGAGAGGCAAGAAAGACAACAGCGAAAGCUCUGCCUCUAACGGCACCACUGGGCAGCGACAAGUCUAGAAAAAAAGUGUAUACUUUCGCCUUCCUUUCAAAGUUUAAAAAAAAUUCUUCUGUACAGUAGAGGGGACACUGUAAUGUUUUUGGCUGUUAUUUUUCUGUGUCAGCUGUUCGCCUUCUGUGUCAUUUUCUCUGAUUCGCAAAGAUGACGGUGGCGUCUCCCUGCACCCAGGGCCUGGUGGACAGCUCCCAUCCUCAGGCGCUCCUCAGCAGGCUCAACGAGCAGCGCUCCCAGGGCCUCUUCUGUGAUGUCACCAUCGUGGUGGAGGAUGUAAAGUUCCGGGCCCACCGGAACAUCCUGGCUGCCUGCAGCGGAUACUUCCGCAGCGCCUUCACCUCCCCUGAGGUGUGGACUUCCAGCCAGGUGCUGGAGCUCAUGGACCUGAGGUCUGAGGUGUUUGCCAGCAUCCUCAACCUCAUCUACUGUUCCAAGGUGACAUCAUCACCUAGCACAGAGGACACUAGAUGCCUGAUGGCAGCUGGAAAAAGACUGGGGAUUCCCUUCUUAGAGAAACUAGUGGAACAAGACAGGCAGGACUCAGGUGGGCCAAAGAUCCAGACCUCAACCAACCCUGUUAAGACCACAGGCCGUAGUAAGGCCCGUGGGCCCCAUAAAGCGAAGGAGAAGAACUCCAGGCCAGAUCAGCCAGACAGUGCAAGAGGCCCGCGGAUCACCAAUGCUUUCUCUAUCACUGAGGUGGGUCCCGGGAACAACCUCUUCACCCCACUAGACCUGCACAGUGGGAAGAGGCAGUCACCUGACCUUGGACAGAACCCAGCGGGCUGCCCUGCCCCCUUCCCCCUCGCGGUGGACAAUGAGCCCAUGCAGGCGCUGUCGGAGCACUCCUACGCAGUCAUCAGCCAGGGACCCAGGGACCCUGAGUACAGGGCUGGCAACCAGGAGGACAACAAGAAGGGCACCAAACCCACACAGUCCCAAUCAAGGCAACUGACCAACAGGAAUAGUGGCCCACUCAAAAAGCGACACAGACUACGAGCCGCUUUGAAUAAAAGCACACCUCCAACACUGGCUGUAGCACUUGAACCUGUGCAUCCUACUGGAAGCAGCCGGGCAUUAAAUAAGCCCACUGUACAACCUGUGGGAACGUCACCCCCGUCAUUAUACCCGCAGACAGAUGUGCAUACAAGCAGGGCCAAUGAGCUGCCUCUGGCCAUGGAUAAUGGCUACAGGGAACUGGACCCACCUCCACUUUCACCCCACACAGAAGAUAGCAUAUCAAUCUAUGGCUGUGAGCACUGUCCAGAGAUAUUCACCAAUAAAGCACUUCUCACAGUACACACAGAAAUGCACAAAAAAAGGUUCGUCAGUCAUCUGUUUUGCAAGUUUUGUCGCAGGAAGUUCAUGCAUUUGAAGCGGUUGCGGAACCACGAGACGGUGUGCCCGAAAGCACAGAGGGGCUUGCCUGAACACGAGCCCCAAGGCAAAGAGGACGGAGCAGACCAUUAUUCAGACAGCAUGCAGAGCAUGGACAAUACAGUAACUAAUGUCCAGUUAUCUCUUCCUGAACUCCCUGACCCUUUCCCUCCAACCAGCCUCCAAAUGAACCCCACCUCAAAAACACUGCCGGCUGUAGAUAGGUUAGUGAAACCUAGUGGAGGCCAGAGGGUCUAUAACUGCAGUGUGUGUAAACGGGCAUAUGUGACCAUCUCCAGCCUGAAGCGCCACGAGAAUGUGCACUCCUGGCAGAGGGCGUACCCCUGUCACUACUGCAAUAAAGUGUUUGCCCUAGCCGAGUAUCGCACCAAACAUGAGAUCUGGCACACAGGUGAGCGUCGCUACCAGUGCAUCUUGUGCUUAGAGACCUUCAUGACCUACUACAUCCUAAAGAACCACCAGAAGGCCUUCCACGGAAUCCAUCCCAGAUUGUCUGUGAAUAAGAAGUCAGCAAAUGGUGGAUUUAAGGGCAGCGUUUACCCCGUCAAACUCUACAGGCUUCUGCCUAUGAAGUUUAGAAAGAGACGGUACAAGACUUACAGUCAGACCUAUUCAGAUGAGCUGAAGGGCAGCGAGCAGGCCCCACUGGGAUGCAGCUCUCCCAUCCUUCCAUUUGAAGAUGUUGGCGCUAUGGGCAAGCAAGAUGCUGCUUUAUUCUCAAUGCCUGUGACAUUCAUGGCCACUCCAAAAGUGGUAGCAUCAGUAAUGCCACGCAUCAGUUUUGAUCAGCCCUGUGACCAAGAUGUAGACGAAGAUGCAGACCCAGGAAAACAGGCCUCUCACUCCGAACAUAAUGGGCCUCCAUAUAGCUAUACUACCCCCUUGGCCAUAAUGCAGGCAGGUGGGGAGUCCCCUGCACUGGACUAUGGAGAUGGUGCCGCAUUCCAAGGGUUUAAGAACCCGGAGGGCAACAGUCAUAAUCUACCGUUCCUAACAAUCAACCCACCCAGCUCUCUGACCAGGCUAUGUGAGCUCUCAGCUGCAGCACAGAAAAUUGAAGCCAUGACCAGUCAGCUUUUUAUGCCAGGGGCUGAGAGCCUGGCACCUAGCAAGACUGCAGGGGGGGAAACUGAAACAUACAUUGCCACGCCUGCGUGUCCAGGUCCCUCCGUGGAUGGUCAUGUUCUGCCACUCUGCCAGAUCACAGUGAAAAUUGGCAACGAGGCCAUCAUUCGCCGGAGGAUCAAGGGCUCCAAGCUGUUCCCCAGGAAGAGGAAAAUAAGCAGCGGGAGCCAGGUAGAGGAGAGGUGUCGGGACCAGGGCCGACCUGCAGAGGGCAGCAUGGAGAGCUCCAGCCUCCGCUUCAGGACAGAGGUCACUUCUGUCAUAGAGCCAGAGCCAUACGAUGACCACACUGACCGUGACACAGCUGACAAGCUCUGGCGUCCCUAUUACUCUUACAAACCCAAGAAGAAGAGUAAGAAACUGAGAUCCAAACACAGAAAAGAGAUACAUUGUCUACGCUAUUCCAUGACAUCCUCAAUAGUGCCCAGGACCAGAAAAGACUACGUGGAUAAAGGAUGCAGAAGCGCUGAAGAGAGCAUCUCCAGCGAGGGUACAGAGCUGAAACAACGUCUCAGAAACACCAGCCCAAAGACGACGUACACCUGUGACAUCUGUGCAAGCACCUUCAUAACGGCAUCGGGUCUGAGAGCACAUGUCAUUGGCUGCCACCCAACUUUCUGUCGGACCUGCGCAAAGCAGUGUCCCCCCAGGGAAACCCCCAGUGCCAGCUGCGAGGCCACUGAGGACAGCAGGGAUUACAUAUGCAAGAGCUGUAUGGAAAAUGGCUCCUGCUUUGACAACUGUGCUCGCAGCUCCAGCACAGAGAAGCGGUAUCGCUGCUCCUUCUGCCCCCAGCGCUUCCUCUACCUCGCAACCAAGAAGAGCCAUGAAAAAAAACACAAGGAGACAGCAGGAAAGGGGUACAGCAACGACGACUACCCCACAGUCCCAAAACGGCCAGCAACUUUGGACUUAGGCCUAAAUCUGAAAAAGAUUGUCAUCAAAACAGAGGAAGCGGAGGAUCAAUAUAGCAUCGACAAGGAGAGCAAAGUGCCAGCGGGAUCACUAGGCAGGUUCUCAACAGAGAAGAUAGAGCCUAAGCAUGAGGAAUGGGAGGACACAGGUGACUACAUGUCAGUGGCACCCAAAAAAGAACAUCCAUUUAGAAUAAACAGUGAUGGACACUAUCAGAAAGAGAGAAACUCCAACAUGAAAACUACAUUGUCACCCCCCUGCACUGACACCUUUUCUCUUUCCCCUUCAGAAAAGCAGUAUAGAAAGUCUAAAAAGCGCUUUGAACACAAACGGCAACAUCAGAAAAGCCUCACUUCCAAAAGGCAGAAGCAAGUAGACUUUAUGGGUAGAGAGACACCCAGUCAAAAGGCCCCUCUGACCACACCAGGAGAAGACAGUCAUUUUAGCUAUGGGCAGUCUUCUUCUACACAUCUGAAAAGAGAUUCUGUCACUAGGGGAACCACUCACUCCUCGCCCAAGUCAGAGAAGUGUACAUACAGUGUAAAGAGGAGUCCUUUUAACAAAGAUAAUACUUAUCAUUCAGGAGGGAAAUACUUUUAAGCGACUAUAUGCCUAUGCAGUAAGUUGCAGACCAAUUGUAAAAUACAUAUGUCAAUAUGCUGUGCUUGAUAUAGGUUCGUUUGCCCAAAAUAAUGGACCCAAACUAAAUCAAGCGCACCUCAAGUACUUUGAAAACAUAAUUGGAUUGUUAUGUUUUUGACCCGGGUCUGGAAAACAGAUAUAAUAAGUUGCCAAUGAACAGCAGAUAUUGAAUACCUAACUGACAUCUAUGUAAAUUGCAUUUUCUUCAUUCUUAUAACACAAAUCUUUUUUAAAAAAGGGGGAUUUAUUUUUGUACUUUUUUCUUUGCUUUUUGAGACUAUUUCAUAAUGAUUGUGCGGCCCAUAUUCUAUACAUAUGCUAACUGUGCAUAGUUAUUUGCACUUUAUAAUAAUUGAAAAUGUUUGACUUUAUAGGCUACCAUUCAUAUAAAGUCUGUCCACCACUUUGGUAGUGUCAUUACCACUGACAGCACCACAUGCACCAUCAAAAUGAAUGAGAAUCCCCAUGUGUGUCUUUCAAAAUAAUAUACGUGACGUGUUACAAAGUUGACAAACUGACAAGUUGACAAAAUGCAGUUUGUGUGUCAGAGGGAAUAACUCAUUCAUGAACAAGUAGAUCAUGACAAGAGGAGAGCACACAUGCCUGUUUUGAUAUUCACGUGUCUUGGUUAUUUAGAUAAAUAAACAAUCAACCGGU